AUGGAGAGGCCCUUUGCCAGUCUUGUGGAUGAGCGCGAGGUUGGCCAAUCCAUUGAGAGGACACUCACUGACUCGAAUGCGGCAGCAUACUUUGACUUCAAGGAGGAUGGAAUGCAAGACGAUGCGGAUUUUGACCGGACAUUACUUGAUGAUGCAGAUGAGCCUGUGCCCAUGGAUGCAGAAGGCCUGGCAGAUGGAGGCGACAAGGUGGGUGAACAAGAUCCUUUGUCGGCGGUUCCUGGGGCAACGUCUUUCACCACAAUCCGAUCGAUAAUGCAAUCAUGCCAGCGAGGCCUUGUAGCCAAGAAGCUGGAUGCUUCGAACAAUUUCGACGUAUCUUUUGACUUGAUUCUGCAUCACAAGCCAAAGGAUCGCAGAGGGAUUGCACACUUCGCAAUCGGUGGGUCCGUGGGAAGCCAAGUCCCACGAAUUUGCAUUGCACCUGGUUCUUCGCAGCUGGUGUUUUAUUUGCGCCAAGGGUCCUUCCGUGCCAAAUGUUCUACAUCGCCCAUUCCUCUCCACCAAUCUGUCCGUGUGAGAUUUCUUCUUGCGCAGCACACCAUCACAAUUGACAUUGAUGGCAAGGUGGAAGCAAAAAUUGCCGCUGAUGUUCUACAGAUUCCCGUUCCUGCCAAGGUGUUUGCAUAUUUCAGUGGUCCUGGUGACAAGGCUGCUGAUGCUAUGAUUGGGGGAGCCGUGUACCGCUGGCGGCAUUUCGCACUGCGUCCAAGGGUGCAAGCCACAACAAUUUUUGAACUUCCUCCAGAUGAGAUUCAAUUGAUGCGCACAGUCACAGACGAGCUAAAGAAGGCCAAGAAGUGGGCAAGUUUCGAUGCAUUUUUCGGCUUGGUUGUCUUCGCCAACGCUGUAUCAAUGGGUGUGCAGACAGAUUGCCAGUGUGGCGGUGACCUGGUUUGGCAGGUGCUUGACAACUCAUUCCUCAUCGCCUUCAUUGUGGAAAUUCUGCUUCGGGCAGCCAUUAGUGGAUGCCGCCAGUUUGGAGUAUUGCUUCUCACUGACAGCUGGCUGCAAUUUGACGUCGUGGUCGUGUCCACAAGUGUUGUGGAUACAUGGGUGCUAGGUGGUAUGGGCAGUGGCGGUGUUUAUUCGCUGGCGCGACUCUACAGGUUGCUGAAGCUUGUGAAGAUGGUUCGGCUGCUGCGGGCAUUUCGACAGCUCGCAAUGCUGGUGGAGGGGAUCUUGAGCUCACUGCAAACCUUGUUCUGGGCGGUUUUGCUUUUGGGGCUUACCAUAUUCAUUUUCGGGGUCCUGCUGGUGCGAAUGUCGCAAUGGGAUGAGACGGCCAGCGAAGCGACUCUUUCUGCGUUCACCUCGCUCCCUACGGCUAUGUGGACCCUGGUGCGAAUUACAACCUUUGACGGCUGGGUGGUGUUUGUGCGGACCGCUGCUUUUCAGCUGGGCGGGGCUCAUGGGAUUGCAAUGGCAGUGGUCUUGUUGCUGUGCGCAUUCAUGACAGGACUCGGCCUGAUGAACCUGGUGGUCGGAAUUUUGUGCAACACGGCUUUCAAGCUGGAAUCCCGUCAAGUGCGCAUGAUUGGGGCUGAGAAACUUGUUGCUCAGCAGGAAGCUCUGGAACUUUUUCGCCAGCAGAUAUCAAAGCACGGAACACAUUUGUUGAAGAAUCAUCGCUUCAUUGCAAAGAGCGAGUUUUUUGAAGCCUUACAGGACCCAAAUGUGAAGGCAUUGAAUCGCAUCCUGGAUCUUUCCACCGGGGACUUUGAUGUGCUCGUCGCCGCUUUCGAAGAAAAUGGCGACGUGGAGAUUGACGGGGUCAUUGAAGCAAUCGGCAUCAUCGAGCUGCAGUCUUAUUUUGCGCGAAGUGUUGCAAACAGUGUCAAGAAGAAUAAAGCUUCGACAUCGCUUCGGCCAGUGGACCUGUUGUUCUUCUGCAUCAGCCUGCGACAGCUGGAGGCGUCCAUGACCAAAGUGGAGCGCAAUGGCAAAAGUCUGUGUGCUUUUGCGUAUGAUGCUCUGAGUGUCUUAUACACUCGUGCAGAGAAGUCUUACACGUUGCUGCGCCUGAACAAUGAUGUGAAAUGGGCACCUCCAGCAUUAAAGACAGACUCUACACAGUCAUCACUGGAUGUGAGGAAGAUGGAAGAGACAGCCAACCAAUUCAAUUUGGAUGCUGAGGAGCAGCAGCUGCUGAUGCCCGUUGACGUUCUCUUUGGCAGCCUCAUUGUCAUAAACGGCGCGUUUGUGGGCAUUCAGGCCACACAAGAUGAUGACAACACUGCCAUUUAUUGGAUUGAUUUGGGUUUUACAAUGAUUUUCACUGUUGAGUUUGUUCUGCGUGGAGUUUUGGCUGCCAACUUAAACUACGUCUACCAGUCCGAAGAGACAGACACCGACUUGAACUUCUUUGAGCAAGCCAACAGAAAGGUAACCCGCUUCUUCAAGCUAAAGUCGCGGAUCAGGUUCUACGUUGUGCCUCCAUGUCCUAUUGGUGGUGUUGGUAGCACUGUCUCCGCUAUGUGUCGCAGCUUGAGGGAAUUCUCAGUCUUGUUUGACUUUGCCAUCAUCGCGCUGUCAUUGUUGGAUUCACUCAUCAUUGUGCAACUCAGGAAUGCAGGUGCAUUGAAUCUUGACACCUCAGCAUUGUCGGUGCUCAGAGCCUUUCGUUUAUUUAGAUUAGCCAAGCUCCUGAGGAUUUUCAAAUUAUUUCCCCAACUGCAAAAGAUGGUGUUUGCACUCAUUGAGACGUGGCGCCAAGUAUUCUGGGCACUGGUUUUGGUGCUGCUGGUGUUGUAUGCUUUCUCCAUUUACGCGGUAUCAAUGAUAGGGGACGAUGCCGAGGAAGGCUCAGCAAUGAAGCUAUAUUUUGGUGACUUGAGAAGUGCACUUCUCACCGGAUGGCAGGUCACGACUUUCGAUCACUGGGACGAAGUCUUGCACCAGUCCAGAAACGAUGUACUGAACCUGGUGGUUUUAUUGCUGGUUGCCAUUGCGCUGGGCCUGGGCUUGAUGAACAUGGUGAUCGGGGUGCUGUGCGAGAGCGCCCUGGGCCUGCAGGCCCGCGACGACUUGGACACGCAGCGGGGGGAGCUGAUCGCCUUCCUGGCGGCCAUGAAGAACCUGCAGGAGGCGUGCAGCCAGGAGCUGGGCGACCAGCUGCUGCCCUCCUCCUUGGUGGAGAAGGCCACGGGCCUGAAGAUGAACCCUCGGAUGGGCAAGUUGAGGGCGGAGCAUUUUGGGGAGAAGGCGGGAUCCUCUCCGUCCUUGGAGGAUGAAGAGACGCAGCAUAUUCAGCAUUUGCUUGAGAAGUUUCUGGAUGAAGCUGGUCUGCACAGACUGCUUGUCAAGCGUAUCUUUGACAAAGUCGAUCACGGAAGGACGGGAUCCAUCACGGUUGACGAUCUUACCAAGGGCGCGCUUGUGGUCAAGGAGGACUUGGCAAAAGUUGAACUCUACGGUUGCACAGCCGCUCUCCGCGAUGUGAGAGCCAAAUGUGUGAAGAUGAACCAGUGCAUCAUGAGCAUUCACGCGUCCUUGCAGAGAGUCUUGGAAGACAUGUCAGCAGUGAUUCAUCGCAAGUACGUGAUGGACCCUGACGUUGAUACUCAGCAGUUUGGUGCUGAGUAUGAUGCCAGCACUUUGCGGCCGCAAGCAGAAAAGGCUUUGUUCGAGAUGUGCAAAUGGUCAGGGGAAGGAAGUCUUCCACACAUUUUGGACAUGGGCACCGUUUCUGUCACUGCUGGCACUGGAAAGAUUUCCAUCUCGGGCGAUGAGGUGGUGGGUUCUGGGACAGCUUUUCGAACAGAAGUUCAGGUGGGCGACAUUAUUGUAGUAGAACCAUUUGUUGUUCAAAAGAGCGGGGACUCCGCUUCGAAGAAGACUCUUGCCGUCGCAGUUGCCGCCGUUCUCUCCCAAUCCCGCCUAAAGAUUGCCACCUUUGUGGCAGAGCUCUUGCCAGACGACAUGAUUUUUGUUGUUUCCAGGAGUUCUGAAGCAGUGGGGGCGGCACAGGGACACUCAAUGAAUGCUGGCACAACAGCUGUGGCACCAAAGCAGAUGUCACCAAGGAGCGCUCAACAUUUAUUUGAAUGGGACUUGCAAACGCAAAGGAGAGACAUCGUCAACCUGCGCGAAGCAGAGGCGCAGCACAUGUACUUGCAGAGCUUGAAAAGAGAAGCUGACUUUGAGCUACUAACAGUUCUUGAGCGUCCGUUGCUUAGGAUUUGUUUCCAAGCAUGGAAGUCUCAACUGAAGUUGAGACAGAAGACGGUCUCAUUGUUGUGGUGA